UAAGAAAAAGCACAGAUAUCCUAUAUAAUUUUUCAAAAUGGCUAACAGACCAAAGUCUGCAAAUCAACUUCAAGAAUAUCGUGAUAAAAAUCAUGCUGCUGCUCUGACAACUGAAGCUGGCUCCCCAAUGGAGACAAAUACAGCCUCAAUGACUGUUGGGCCAAAUGGACCAUUGCUUAUUCAAGAUAACAACUUUAUUGAAAACAUGGCUCAUUUUGAUCGUGAGAGAAUACCUGAACGUGUAGUGCAUGCUAAAGGUGCUGGAGCAUUUGGCUAUUUUGAGGUUACUCAUGAUGUAUCUAAAUACACAAAAUUGGCUGCUCUGAAUGGAGUGGGAAAGAAAACUAGAAUGGUUGUUCGUUUUUCCUCUGUAGGAGGAGAAUCUGGAAGUGCUGAUACAGCACGUGACCCACGUGGUUUUGCUUUAAAGUUUUAUACUGAGGAAGGAAAUUGGGAUUUAGUUGGAAACAACACGCCAAUUUUUUUUAUUCGUGAUCCAAUUUUAUUUCCCAGUUUUAUACACACUCAAAAGAGAAACCCGAAGACUCAUUUAAAAGACCCUGAUAUGUUUUGGGAUUUCAUUUCGCUUCGACCUGAAACCACGCAUCAAGUAAUGUUUUUGUUUUCAAACCGAGGCACACCUGCGAGCUAUCGUCAUAUGAAUGGUUAUGGUAGUCAUACUUUUAAACUUGUUAAUAAAGAUGGAGAAGCAUGUUGGUGCAAAUUUCAUUUUAAGACUAAUCAAGGUAUAAAGAAUCUCUCAGAUAAAGAAGCUGGUUUAUUAGCAGGACAGAAUCCUGACUAUUACAUCCAAGAUUUGUAUGACUCAAUUGAAGAAGGAAAUUUUCCUUCUUGGACAAUGUAUUUACAAAUCAUGAGUUUAGAACAAGCAAAGAAGCAUCCUGUGAACCCAUUUGACAUCACAAAAGUGUGGAGCCACCGUGAAUAUCCAUUGAUUCAAGUUGGAAAAAUGGUGUUGGAUCGUAAUCCUGAAAAUUAUUUUGCUGAUGUUGAACAGGCUGCUUUUUCUCCUGCACAUAUGCCACCAGGUGUUGAGACAUCUCCUGAUAAAAUGUUACAGGGCAGAUUAUUUUCCUAUGGUGAUACACAUCGCCAUCGAUUAGGAUGCAAUUAUCAACAGUUGCCUGUAAAUUGUCCAUUAAAAGGUCAGCAUAACUACCAGAGAGAUGGACCUCAAGCAUUUAAUAAUCAAGGUAGUGCUCCAAACUACUUCCCUAACAGCUUUAAUGGCCCUCAAGAACAAAGACAGUUUAGCAAUCAUGUUGAUAGUUACAAUGGGGAGUGUAGAAGAUAUCAAUCAGGUGAUGAAGAUAACUUCUCUCAGCCAAAAUUGUUUUGGGAAAAUGUGUUGGAUGAUAAAGAAAAAUCAGAUCUAAUAUCUAAUAUUGCUGGGCACUUAAAAAAUGCUCAAGAAUUUAUUCGCAAGAGAGUUAUAAAGAAUUUUUCUGAUGUCCAUCAGGAUUUUGGACGUCGAUUAAAUGAAGCGAUAGAUGAGCUUGUAAAGGGAACAACUUCGGCAAAAGCAAAUUUGUGAACGACUUUUUUUAGUUACUACUAAAUGAUUGUCACUGUUGAAGUUUUCUUGUUGGUUUAUUUUUCUUAUUAUUUUAAAUUAGAGAUUUUAUUUUCAUACGUUUGAAAAAUAUUUACUGUGUAAUGUAACACGCACGCACACAAAGUUUAAAACGUACUCAGUGUGUGUGAGUUUUAAAACGUACACUGUGUGUGUGUGUGUACAUCGGGAAAAUUACAUUUUAAAAUAAAGUGGUGAUGU